CAUCCACGAGCCUUCGCCGAGCCGAGUUGGAGAAGGCGAGCGAUGCUGCGCGCUUGCGGCGGCGCGUCGCCGGCGGCGGCGGCGGCGGCGGUGCCCGCGCUCGUCAGGGCGCGCCUCGCGAAGCAGGCCUCCUCCGCAGCCCACGCGGCCGCCACCGCCACCGCCUCCGCUUCCUCCUCCCUCUCCGCGCUGGGAGAGGUCGCCGCCGGGCGCAAAGGUUUGGCAAGAGUAGUAUUAAAGAAAGGAAAGACCCAAAUAUUUCGAGAUGGGAGUCCGAUGGUGUAUAGUGGUGCUGUUGAUAGAAUAAUUGGUCGACCUCCUCCAAAAACUGGUGAUGUUGUUCUUGUAGCUGAUGGGGCAGAGAAACCUAUUGGAUGGGGUCUCUAUAACUCUGUGUCCAUGUUUUGUGUUCGGCUGAUGCAACUAGAAGAAGAGGCAAAAAGGGAUCCAACAUGUGCACUAAAUAUGGAAAGACUGCUUGAGGCAAGGAUUUUAUCUGCUGUGGAUUUACGGCGCAGUUUAGGUCUCCCUUCAGUUCACACAAAUGCUUAUCGUCUCAUCAACAGUGAAGGGGACAGAUUGUCUGGUCUAAUAGUGGAUAUCUUUGCUGAUGUUGCUGUAGUUGCUUCAUCUGCUGCUUGGGUUGAGAAAUAUAGGCAUGAAAUCCAGUUCCUUGUUAACAAAGUCAGUGAUGUGAACCAUAUAAAGUGGAGAUCAUCAACAGAUAUUCUAAAAGAAGAAGGAUUAGAUGUAUCAGAACAAAAGGAUCCUGAAUCGUCUUCACACUGUGGAACAGUGGAGGUCAUGGAGAAUGAUGUUCUCUAUCUAGUCUCAUUGGAGGGGCAGAAAACAGGGUUUUAUGCAGAUCAACGUGAGAACCGUCAUUUCAUAUCAACACUCUCAAAGGACCAAAGGGUUCUUGAUCUGUGCUGCUAUAGUGGUGGUUUUGCUCUAAAUGCAGCAAAGGGUGGUGCUAAUAAUGUCAUUGGCAUUGAUUCAUCAGCAUCAGCACUAGACCUUGCCAAUAAGAAUAUUAUCCUGAAUAAGCUUGACACCCAAAGGAUUUCGUUUGUAAAAGAAGAUGCGACUGCAUUCAUGAAAGGUGCUAUCUCAAGAAAUGAGGUCUGGGACUUGGUAAUCCUUGAUCCUCCAAAGUUGGCACCUCGAAAAAAGGUGCUACAAAGUGCCUCGGGUAUGUACAGAAGCUUGAACGCUCUUGCGAUGCAAGUGGUAAAGCCAGGGGGGUUACUCAUGACAUGCUCAUGCUCUGGAGCUAUGACCCAAAGCGGCCUCUUCCUCAGAACCAUUCAGGGUGCUGCAUCAAUGACCGGCCGAAAGGUUACAGUUCUACGCCAAGCAGGGGCAGCCUGUGAUCAUCCCGUAGAUCCUGCAUACCCUGAAGGCCGAUAUCUCAGCAAUUACUUGCUCCGAGUGACCUGAAGGAAAAAAAAAAAGGCUUAGAAGCCUUCUACUGACCAAUUACCGCACAGCAUUUUCCUAAGAGCUGAUGCUUUGAAGUUAUAGUUCAGUUUCAUUUCAUUUUUUAAGUCAUACUUGUUAGAUCAAGAAACUUUCCGAAGGAAAGAUGUAUGAUGAUAUAGAUUUUGAAGAUUAUUUGUUAAUUUCUAGCGCAGAUCAUUAUUUACCCUUGUUGAGAUUAACGUUUUUAACACUUUUUUAUA